AUGGGAGUGGAAGAUUAUAAAUGGUGGGGAAAACGUUAUUUGUUCAAACAUUAUAACGGUCUGAGUCUCAGUGGCAAGCAUCCGCUCCAGAAAGUCGAGUUUGUUAGCCUACCUUAUUCCUGUCCUUUUUUCAAGAUGAACAGAAUUAUUCUCCAGCUUUUUGCACUCGGAUUCUGCUUUGCAGUCGUUCAAGCUCUGACGUGCUACAAAUGCAGCCUUGGCUUAAGUAGCUUGUGCUUUACCACCAAUACUACAUGUAACAGCGGAGAACGAUGCUUCAGUGGUUUCGGGAAAGCAGCUGGUUACUUUGAUAUCAAGAAAAAGGGCUGUUUAGCAGUGGCCAAAUGCAACAUGACCGAACAAGUUACCUUCGGUGGCAACAACACCUUCUACAGCAUGACCAUGACAUGCUGCAACACCGACCUGUGCAAUGCUGCGCCCGGUCUGCCCGGGACCUCCGCUCUGAGCCUGACCCUCACCACCAUCACUGCUCUGUUUGUGGCCAACGUCCUGGUUUGAAAGAAAAUACAGCGGAAGAUGGAUAACACAAAGUGCACACAAACACACACACACUUAUUGCACACACACCAGCACUACAAUGAUUAAAUGCUCGCUCCUCUCCUCUCCUUUUUUUUUUUUUUAAACGUAUGGGUGUUGUGGUCACUAUUCUUGAUCUACACACAAAUUUUAUAUCCGUUUAAAUUCCCUCUUUUGUUUUUGUAUUUAGAUUACUCAGUAAGCUGUCCCAGUCCUCAUUUUACUAUAAGAGAUAUUAAAUUGUUAGUUGACAAUUUAAAGUGUAACACAAGACAUCAAAGAUGAUACAAGUAGUCCGCCACUUGUCUAACAUGCCCUCUAAUUUACUUUCUCCACUUGAAAAAUGUGUGGAAUUAAGUUCAUAUUCAUGAAUCACAUGGUAGGCAUUUCACUGCAUGACUAAAUUGUUUUUGUAGGUGAAUUAGUGCAAGUCAAAAGAAUAGUCCAACAUUUUGGGAAAUGCGCUUAUUUGUUUUAUUUGCAUUUUUAUGGAGCUACAGCCAGUAGCCAUUAGUUUAGCAUAAAGACUGGAAACGGGAAAUGGCUAGCUAAUGGCUAGCUUGGGACAGUCUAAAGGUAAAAAUUGUGGCUACUAGCACCUCCUUUUUACCCACACGUAACUUUACUAUUGAGCUUUUAAAGGUGGUAGUGAUUUUGUUUUACAAGUGGGUGUGGGUGUGUGUGUGUGUGUGUGUGUGUGUGUGUGUGUGUGUGUGUGUGUGUGUGUGUAAAACGAGGAUUAAUCGUACUUAACAAAAUGUCGAACUAUUCCUUUUAGUUUGUUGCUUUUGACCCACUGCAUUGUAAUUUUUUAAAGUCAGAACAUUCCAAAUAUAUAGAUUUCAAAGCUCCUAUGAACAUUUGUUUCUAGUAAUUUCAUUUAUUGCCAUUUGUUCGCUUUGUUAACGUGUAGCUAACAUAAUGUAAAUUGUCUCUUGGCUUAUGUCUGGUAGUGUCUGUGAAAAUAUUUCUCUUUGGUUAGCUUGUUCACACAAAUAGCUUCAUCAGUUCUGUGUUUAACCGGUUAUUUAAACUCUGGUGUAAAAGCUUUGUUUAUCUUGUUAGUUUUGGAUAUGUGAAAUGUGUGGGGAACGUGAUUAACUUGAAUCAUGUUUGUAGAUAUUGCAAUGUAAUUGAGAUUGCAGAAAUUUGAGACAAUCUUUAGAUAUUCUAUAUUUAACACAAAUCAUUAAAGUUGAAUUCCUAAAAUUGA